AUGACGACUACAGGACAAGACAGCGAGGAUAGAGCCGCGAAGAUGUACCCAGACACAGAUCCUUCAACGCCCUCACCUACAGUGCUAGCAGCAGACCUCCAAGCUUCCUCGCUCAAAAGCCGAGUCCGCGACUUCAGCAUAAGGCCAACCCUCUCCUCACUUCCCUACAGCAUUCUCCGCACCCCUUCAAAGAAUCUGCCGAUUUACCAGACCACAAAAUCCGGCGGCUCGAAACACAUUACGACGAUCCGGAAGAUACAAGGAGACUUGACAGAACUAGCAACAGCGGUGAGGCAAGCACUGGGCAUGGAAGAGUACAUGACAGAUCCAAGAGGGCGGAAGAAGGCGAAUGUCGUAAUCAACCGGACAACCAAGCAUGUGAUUAUCAGAGGCUGGAGAGGAGCCGAGAUCAAGCGGUGGGCCGAAGUCAGUGGAUUCUGA